CAAGAGUGUGGAAAGUGCAGCCGGCUCGGCUGGGCUCUGCCGAACCCCCCGGCCAGCGCCCGCAGGAGCCCGGCCGGGCGGGCUGCCCCGUCCCCGCCGCGCCGCGCCGCGCACCAUGGCCCGGCCGCCCCCGCUCUCCCUGCUCCUCGCCAUCGCCGCCUGUGCCGCGGCCGCCACCAGCGAAGUGAACUUGCUGGACACAGCAAUGAUCCCCGGGGACUGGGGCUGGCUGACCUACCCAUCGCACGGGUGGGAUUCCAUCAACGAAAUGGAUGAAUUUUUCAGCCCUAUCCACACCUACCAGGUCUGUAAUGUCAUGACCCCGAACCAGAACAACUGGCUGCGCAGCAAUUGGGUCCAACGGGACGGUGCCCGUCGGGUUUAUGCUGAGAUCAAGUUCACCCUGCGGGACUGUAACAGUAUGCCAGGGGUGCUGGGCACCUGCAAGGAGACGUUCAACCUCUACUACCUGGAGUCUGACCGGGACCUGGGCACCAGCACCCGGGAGAGCCAGUUUGUGAAGAUCGAUACCAUAGCAGCCGACGAGAGCUUCACCAGCGUAGACCUGGGGGUCAGGCGGCUCAAGCUCAACACCGAGGUGCGGGGCGUGGGACCCCUGAGCAAGCGGGGCUUUUACCUGGCUUUCCAGGACAUCGGGGCCUGCAUUGCCAUCGUGUCCGUCCGGGUAUACUACAAGAAGUGCCCCGCGAUGGUCAGGAACCUGGCGUCCUUCUCCAAGGUGGUGACCGGGGCGGACUCCUCCUCCUUGGUGGAGGUGCGGGGCGAGUGUGUGAGGCACUCUGAGGAGAGAGACACCCCUAAAAUGUACUGCAGUGCGGAGGGGGAAUGGCUGGUACCCAUUGGGAAAUGUGUGUGCAGCGCCGGCUACCAAGAGCAGAGGGAUUCCUGUGUGGCCUGCGAGUUGGGAUUUUACAAGUCAGCCCCUGGUGACCAGCUGUGUGCAAAGUGCCCCCUGCACAGCUACUCAGAGAGCCGGGCUGCACAGGUGUGCCGCUGUGACAGCAGCUACUACCGGGCAGCACAAGAUCCCCCGUCUGCUGCCUGCACGCGGCCCCCCUCUGCUCCUGUGAACCUGGUCUCCAGUGUGAAUGGCACCUCGGUGACACUGGAGUGGGCUCCACCCCUGGACAAGGGGGGGCGCACUGAUAUCACGUACAACGUGGUCUGCAGGCGCUGCACGUGGGACCUGGGCCAGUGCGAGGCAUGCGGCGGUGGGAUCCGCUUUGUUCCCCAGCAGAUGAGCCUGGGGCAGGCUGCCCUCACCGUGGCCAACCUCAUGGCCCACAUGAACUACUCCUUCUGGGUGGAAGCUGUCAACGGCGUGUCCAACCUCAGCCUGGAGCCCAAGAGAUUUGCCGUUGUCAACAUCACCACGAACCAGGCAGCCCCAUCCCAGGUGGUGGUUCUUCGCCAGGAGAACACGGGUCAGAACAGCGUCACGCUGCUGUGGCAUGAGCCGGACCAACCCAACGGCAUCAUCCUGGAGUAUGAGGUCAAGUACUACGAGAAGGACAAGGAAAUGCAGAGUUACUCCACGCUAAAAUCCAAAGGCACAAGUGCGACUGUCUCUGGGCUCAAGCCUGCAACCCGCUACAUCUUCCAGGUUCGGGCCCGGACCUCUGCUGGCUGUGGGAGGUUCAGCCAGAUGGUGGAGGUGGAGACCGGGAAAGCAAUAGCUCUCAGGUACGACACCAUGACGAUCAUCUGGAUCUGCCUGACCCUGAUAACUGGCCUUGUAAUCCUGCUGGUGGUUCUGAUCUGCAAGAAGAGGCACUGUGGUUACAGCAAGGCUUUCCAGGACUCAGAUGAGGAGAAGAUGCACUAUCAGAAUGGCCAGGUGAAGUUCCCCACGUCAAAGUUCUACGUGGACCCUCACACGUACGAGGACCCCUGCCAAGCCGUGCACGAGUUCACACGAGAGAUCGAGGCCUCCAGGAUUAAAAUUGAGAAAGUCAUUGGGUCCGGAGAAUCUGGGGAGGUGUGUUAUGGCCACCUGAAAGUGCCAGGGAAGAGGGAGCUUCCCGUGGCCAUCAAGGCUUUGAAAGCAGGUUACACGGAGAAGCAGAGACGGGACUUCCUGAGCGAGGCCAGCAUCAUGGCGCAGUUCGACCACCCCAACGUUAUCCACCUGGAGGGUGUGGUCACCAGGAGCAAAUUGGUAAUGAUUGUAACCGAAUACAUGGAGAACGGCUCACUAGAUUCCUUUCUCCGGAAACACGACGGUCAGUUCACCAUCAUCCAGCUGGUAGGCAUGCUGAGGGGCAUUGGUGCCGGCAUGAGAUACCUCUCCGAUCUGGGCUACGUGCACCGGGACCUGGCUGCCCGUAACGUUCUUGUUAACAGCAACUUGGUCUGCAAGGUGUCCGACUUCGGCCUGUCGAGAAUCCUCGAGGAUGAUCCGGACGCUGCCUACACCACCACGGGGGGGAAGAUCCCCAUCCGCUGGACGGCCCCCGAGGCCAUCGCGUACCGCACGUUCUCCUCAGCCAGCGACGUAUGGAGCUACGGCGUCGUCAUGUGGGAGGUGUUGGCCUACGGGGAGCGGCCCUACUGGAACAUGACCAACAGGGAUGUCAUUAACUCAGUGGAGGAGGGCUACCGCCUGCCUGCCCCCAUGGGCUGCCCUACAGCCCUGCACCAGCUCAUGCUGGACUGCUGGCAGAAGGAUCGCAGCGAGCGGCCACGCUUCUCCCAGAUCGUCAGCAUCCUGGACAAGCUCAUCCGCAACCCUGAGAAUCUCAAGUGCACAGCCACGGUGAACCGGUUCACCCAAACUCCCUUUGACAGAGGCGUCUUUGAUUUCACGAGCUGUUUUACCGUGGAGGACUGGCUGGAGUCCAUCAAACUGGGGCGCUAUCGGGAGAACUUCGCCAUGGCCGGGUAUUCCUCGCUGGGGAUGGUGAUGCGGAUGAACAUCGAUGACGUUCGGAGCCUGGGGAUCACCCUCAUGGGGCACCAGAAGAAGAUCCUGAGCAGCGUCCAAAUCAUGAGGUCUCAGCUGCUGAACACCAGUGUCCCCAGGCGGCAUCUCUAAUGGCCAGCUCCCCAGACCCAGCAGCCGGCGUUCCGAAAGCACCGAUCCUGGCAGAGCGGCGAGCACAGCCGGCGGGAGACGCGCCGAGCCAGAACCUCGAGUCUCUGUGGCUUUCCGUUGCCUUGCUGGGAUUCGCGCUCCGGGUACAUCGCUGAAUCUCCUGGCUCCAGCGCAGGGCAGGCCACUCCCUUUUCCAUCCUGGGUCCCUGCUGGGCCGGGGCUCCUAGCCUGGCCUCGCUAGGGGCAGUGCAAUAGAAGGGGCGCACCGCCCAGGCAGGGCCCGGCAAAGGGAGUCGCACUGACUAACAGCCGGGCAAGUCUCUUCCGUGUGCUGCUGCCGACUGUGUCUGAGCUGCGGUUGUACUGCCUGGAGGCUUAGCUGGAGCUCUGAGCCCUGCAAGGCCUCCCACACCAUUGCAUGGCAGAGACAGCCAAGUGCCUGCUCCCACCACCCUGCUCUACCCAGGACCUCCAGACCAGCCCCUCCAGGGUCAUUGCCCUGCUCUCAGAAGGGUCACUGGAAAACCGGACGUCUUGAGCCUCCUGCAGUAGUUUCUGCUGGUGCUGUGAGCAGACGGGACUUCCUUGGCGCUGGGAAGAGGGGCCCGGAGCGCUGGCGCGUGCUCGGGGAGAUGUGAGAAGUGCUGUCAAAGGAGAACCCGGAACCAGCUAGGAAGUCACCACUUCCUGAAUGUACCGGCACUGAACCUAGCGCAGGCAGGCCAGGGCCAGGGAAGAGCAUGUGUCUGAGGGCUACACGCUCAGGUUUCCCCCCCGAGCCCCAACAGAGCAGAGGCCAGGCUUCUGCCGCAUGAGGGGCCGCGUCCCCUCUCACGGUCCUGUCAUGUCUUCUUCCGGGUCCGAGGGGGGUUUAAUGAACUCUCAUAUUGCCUAAAACCAGCCAGGGGCUGCCAGCAGCCAGUCUGCCUUGCUGUGCUAACAGCCAAGCCUCCCCUGGAGGCCGUCACCAGCGGCACCGCUCCCAGCAGCACGCCAACCUGCGAACACACGAGGCCCCCGCCCGAGGCUCUGCUCAGCUGUCACAUCCUGGCUGCCCAGCAGGUGAGGGUUUCUCCAGGCCACCCUGCCAGGAGCUGCACCAGCUCCUUGCUUGCGCCCCCUGUUGGUGAGCGUGCCCCCGGAAGGCAGCAGGCCAGUGCGCCGAGGUGGUUGGACGCGCUGAGCUGUCCCGAGGCAGAGAUGUGCUCGAAGCGGAGGGACUGGCGCAGGCUGGAGAGGAAAGCCGGCCUCUUGCUCCCCUUUGUAAAUACGAUUUUCUACCAUGUUCAAAGCUGGUUUACUACAUCGGACUUUAGACACGCAAAAAUGGUCUCAAAGCACAGAAAGCCCAGCCCAGGGGCUGGCCGCGCUGCCAAGACUCUUCAAGGGGGCGUGUAGCCGGAGCUCGCUGAGGGACCCCACUCCUUGGGGCAGGGGAGAAGAGCUCCUCCCGACGCUGCUGUUACUCGUGCGUCUGAGACCCACGCCGCCGAUCCGCUCUCAGUGACAGCAGAGGAACUCCAGAGUCGCUCCGGCGGUUCCAGUGGAGAUCCUCUGGAUUUACAUCAGCACGUGUGACAGCGGGAUUUGGCCCGAGGUCGCCUCCCAGCAGCGCCAGAGAAACUGGAGGAUGGUGGGAUGUGGGGGGAGGGGGUUAAAGCCAUUUUCCAGUCUGCAAUAAUCCUGCCUAAACUGAACCCUCCCGGGCUUGGUUUAGUUUUCUAUCCAGGGCGUCUACAUCUCAAUUCUACUCUGGGACUAUGUCGUGGGCACCCUACUGCUUCCUAUGGAAGCUCUUCCGACGAGGGCUAGAUGCAGUAUGUGGCCCUAGUUCCAUUCCACCCUCUGUGCACUCAGACCCCUCACGCACCAAUCCUGGGGGCUGUGUACUCGGAGUCUACGCCUGCGGCACACGGAACGCCCCGGGGGAGGGUGCCGGCCGGGCCUUACCCGCCCUACAGCACACGGAACGCCUUGGGGGGAGGGUGCCGGCCGGGCCUUACCCGCCCUGCGGCAUACGGAAUGCCUAGGCGAGGAGGGUGCCAGCUGGGCCUUACCUGCUCUGCGGCACACAGAAUGCCUGGUGGGGAGGGUGCCGGCUGGGCCUUACCCACCCUGCGGCACACAGAAUGCCUGGUGGGGAGGGUGCCGGCUGGGCCUUACCCACCCUGCGGCACACAGAAUGCCUGGUGGGGAGGGUGCCGGCUGGGCCUUACCCGCCCUGCGGCACACGGAACGCCCCGGGGGAGGGUGUCGGCUGGGCCUUACCCGCCCUGCGGCACAUGGCAGGUAUAAGGGUUGGGGGGUUCUGGAUAGAUCCUGGUUCCCGGAGGGCAGAGGGUUGGUGGAUGGUCCCUGGUCCCUAGGGACAGGGGGGUUGCUGGAUGGGCCCUGGUACCCAGGGAUGGGGUUGCUGGACAGCCCCAACCCCUCGGGACGGGAAUUGCUGGACAGGACCUGGUCCCAGAGGAUGGGGGUUGCUGGCCAGGUGCUGGUGCCUGGAAGAGGAGUGUUGCUGGAUGGGCCCUGGUCCCCAGGGACAGAGCGUUGCUAGAUGGCCCUUGCCUCUCUCUUCCUUGCCCUUGUUUUAUGGUCAGAGUCUGCACCUCUUCCCGGACAAUAAAACUCUUCCCAUUG